UAUAAUAAUAACACGCGUAUUUAAAGUGUUGUGAAAUUAAAAUUGUGCGUAUCUACUAAAUAAGGUACAACAUCGGAACAUAAUUGAAUUCAGAAAUCAUCGCACGAAAAAAGCAAGAGAGAGCAAGCGAAUUCCUGCAAACGAUCUAACAACACUGAAUAUUCAAAUUGGCGAUGCAACCUUUUGCGAGCGGAACGAUGGCGACGGAGAAUCCAACGAGUUUGCCGGCGGAUCAGGCGACCUCACCAGCGCCAAGAAACCUGACAUUUUCAAUCGCAAAGAUCAUGGAACCGGACAAGAAGCCAACGUCAGAACCGUCUCACCCCCAACACCUGCCGACGGCGGGUCUGCCGUCACUUUCUUAUUCCGCGCACCUAGAAUCGGCCUUCAAGAAAUACGUGCCGACGUUGAGGCACCAAAAUCUGCUCCAACACUAUCCUCUUCUUUACUACCACCCGAGUCCAUUGCUCAGAGCCUUUCCAGCUCCGUCAGUGACCGGCGGAUCAACGCCUUCAACACCGUCGGCGAUAAGGAGCCAAACGCCACCACCGUCGGUUACGGAAUCGUCGAGGAUACCGUCGUCAGCCUCGUCCCCGGAGGAGGUCAUGAGAAAGAAGACCUCGCCGUCGCCACGUGACGUAAAUUCAGGAACUAAACAGAAAACGUUCACGUGUCCGGAGUGCGGCAAGGUGUUCAACGCUCACUAUAACCUCACGAGACACAUGCCGGUUCACACGGGAGCCAGACCAUUUGUCUGUAAGAUAUGCGGCAAAGGUUUCCGUCAAGCGAGUACUCUGUGCAGGCACAAGAUAAUCCACACUGCGGAAAAGCCGCACAAAUGUCAGACAUGCGGAAAGGCGUUUAACAGGAGUUCAACCCUGAACACACACACGAGAAUUCACGCCAAUUAUAAACCGUUCAUAUGUGAAUUUUGCGGCAAGGGUUUCCACCAGAAGGGUAAUUACAAAAAUCACAAGCUAACGCACAGCGGCGAAAAGGCGUACAAGUGCACAAUUUGCAACAAGGCUUUUCACCAGAUUUACAACCUAACAUUUCACAUGCACACCCACAACGACAAGAAGCCGUUUUCCUGCAAGAUAUGCGGCAAGGGUUUCUGCAGGAACUUUGACCUCAAAAAGCACAUGCGCAAGCUCCACGAAACCGGGUCUCCGGUUCUCAACGGUGGACUCGGUGCCUCGGGUCAAAGUCAGAACCAGCAGACGCCAUUCUCACAAAUCCAUCACGGCCCCGUCGGUCACAAUUAUGUUAAUCCGUUCCUGCUGCCACCGCCAGGCAGUACGACCUAUCAUCUAAACAAGAUGUUGUGACCCAAUCAAAACGCGUUCUGCACGCGAAAGACUGCCUGCCCUCUAAUCAUCGGACCUGCAUCAUGUUACCAAAAUCACGCCGGACAACUUGCCCAGGCGUCAAAGUGAUAAAUAAAUUUUCAUUACCGGACGUGUUUUCAAAUCUCAUAUACCUACCACAGUAUACAUUAUUACCACAACGAAUAAAGGGUCGAUCAUAUUCGUUACACAAGCUUUAGAAACGCGUCGUACAAUAUUAUUAAACCAAUAUAUUCUCUGACAUCACUCGACGUGAUCGUCUUUUUCCAUAUCCACGUCGUACUUCAUCGUUUUUUUUUCCCUUCAUAUUAUUAUUAUUAUUAUCAUUAAUAUUAAACUUUAUUCAAUAUUCUACCAAAUUAUAUCGACCAAAGAUAAAACCGAUGACCAAGUUAAUCACCAUGAUAUGAUAACGCAUAUAACGAACAUUAUAUUGUAUAGUUACUUAAUCGAAAUUACUGCGGACAGUUCAUCGAUUGUUCGCAUUUGACGAUUUUUCGCAUCGAAAAGGAGAUGAGAAAAGUGAA